CAACACCAUCAAAGAUAAUGAGAUAAACCUCUAAAACAAUUUGCAGUUACUCUUUCUCUCUGUAUUCACAACAACAAUGGCUUCUCUACUCUCACAAUGCAAUUUCAUUUCCUUAACAACUUACAACAACUUCAAACCCAAAACGACACUCCCUUCUUCCUUAGUAGUUGGAACUUCAACGACACGCCGUUUUAGAAGAUACGUAACGGUUUCUGAACAAGCUACGGCGAAUUCAGCUGCUGUUAGAAAGCUUUAUGUUGGGAACAUUCCUCGUACUGUUAGUAAUGAUGAACUUGCUCAGAUUGUUCAAGAACAUGGUGCUGUUGAGAAAGCUGAGGUUAUGUAUGAUAAAUACUCUGGAAGGAGCCGUCGCUUUGCAUUUGUUACAAUGAAAACUGUUGAGGAUGCAAAUGCAGCAGUUGAGAAACUCAAUGGCACUGAAAUUGGAGGGCGUGAGAUUAAAGUCAAUAUAACCGAAAAGCCUUUAACCACGGGAAGUGUGUCACUCCAGGCUGGGGAGUCUGAAUUUGUUGAUAGUCCCUACAAGGUAUAUGUGGGAAAUCUUGCUAAGAAUGUAACAUCUGAUAGCCUUAAAAGUUUCUUUGAGAAAGGAAAAGCUCUUAGUGCCAAGAUUUCACGGGUUCCUGGGACCACAAAAUCCAGCGGUUUCGGUUUUGUCACAUUUUCAUCAGAUGAGGAUGUAGAAGCUGCUAUCUCAUCUUUCAACGAUGCUUUGUUAGAAGGUAAAAAAAUCCGUGUGAAUAAGGCGUAGAGAAUUUGCAAUGUCGCAGAGCAUGUUUGAUCUUGUGUCCUCUAGCAGGAAAAAGCAUACUUUUGUGAAGCGAAAACAAGAAAAUUGCUCCGUCACUUUUACGGCAUAGAUUCACGAGUAACAUAGUGCUAAGACCUCACUACUUUCUUCAUGAUUAUAUUGCAUCUUUCUUACCUCCUUUGUUAUGUCUAGUGUUGUUAAUGUAUGCAUAUAUUCAAUUCUAUUUUUUUGUAUGAGUUUUAUGAAUGUGCACAUGUGCAUGUUGGGAUUUUUAUGCAAUCCAUUAAUUUUAACCAA